AUGUUGCGAACCGCCCUGUUCGCUCUCCUUCUCGCUUGGUCCGGUCUGGCGGAGCAACUGCAACAACCAUUUUCCACCAACUCAGUCACACUUGUCGACGCUCUCAAUGCAGACCCUGACUACACUUCCUUAAUCUCUCUCCUCCAACGCGCCCGACUCAUCCCCACUCUUAACCGACUGAAUGGUUCCACCUUCUUCGCCCCCACCAAUGAAGCCAUAGAAAAGCAUACUCUUUGGCGCUCCGUGAUCCACGAUGACUCGUUCGUUGUGUCCGACAACAUCCAAGAGCAGCUUCGGCAGCAGCUUUUUUACCAUUUGAUCAACUACGAACUUGCGGAGAUGCCAGAGGCACCAAACCCGGCUUUCCUCAAGACUCUCCAUUACCCGCGUUCCCCACUUGACCCACCUUCACGAGACCCGCCGCCAUCCCCACCAUGGAUGCCCACUCCAGGCGGUUCACUAGGCUCCCAGCCUCAGCGACUGCGAGUCGCGGCACGUAAUCAAGGGGCAUGGGUUGGGGUUGAUGCGUUCGGUGAGGAUGGCGUAGAGAUUACAAAGGGCAAGAUUGACGCAGGAAAUGGAGUCCUGCUCGGCAUUAACGACGUCUUGGACCCUCCUCCUAGUCUGGCCGAUGUCGUCUCGCAACACACAUCUGUCUCCUACUUCCACCAAAUCUUAACACCGGAAAUACGUAAGAGACUGAAUGAAAGUACGGAGCUGACCUUGUUUCUUCCGGUCAACGCCGCUUUCGAGUCUCUACAUGAUCUUGAACGGUUGUACCUGGAGAGUGAAUUUGCGACAGCAGACUUGACACGAAUAUUAAAUGGACAUGCGGUGGUCAAAAAGACGGUUCAGUAUGCUGAUACCUUUGUUCCAACCGCUAAAUUAAAGACGAUUGACGGAAGUAUGCUGGACAUCGUUGUGACGCCUGAAAAGACAACAGUAUCGACCUCCGAACUUAUUCACCCUGACAUCUAUGCCUCCAAUGGCGUGCUGCACCUCGUAUCGGAACUCCUUGUUAAUCUUGAGUUAACACCCGAGAAAUAUCUUCUUGCCCUCAACUGCUCAUCGUUCAUAUCUUUGAUCCACUCGGUCGAUCUCACUGGGUUGGUCAAUGACACAGAGAGCCGUUAUACCAUCCUCGCCCCGCAAGACAAUGUUCUUUCCGUAUUUGGUGAAGGCGAUAUCCCAGAGAAGGGAUCCGAAGAGCUGAAGAAGCUACUUCAGUACCAUUUUAUACCCGGACAUUGGAGCCCCAAGGAACUCCGCGAUGGCAUGCUUUUAGAAACGACUCUGGUGGAAGACGGACUUGACGGCGGGAACCAGGUGUUAAGCGUUGGUGUCACUUCGCCUGAGAAGAAGGAUGACAAGACCUUGAAAUUUGGUGGUGUUGGCGUUCUGGGAAAGCCUAUCGCCGUCAACAAUACCCUCAUCUACUUUAUCUCUAGACCGCUAACGCCGCCAUCUGGGGUCUUGGAGACCCUGCUACCUCUUCAGGAUCUAUCAUUAUUCCUGGCCGCCCUCUACUCGACCUCAGUAUCAGACACUCUGACGCUAACGCCGCAAACUUCCCUUCUCGCCCCCCGCAACUCAGCAUUUAAACUGCUUGGCGACCUCGUCAGUGCACAUCUUCUGGCACCAGCGUCAAAGAAAGACCUGACGAAUGUCCUUCUUCACCAUACGCUGGCAACAGUUGAAUAUACGAGCUCAUUACAAAAUGGGUCGCGGACGUUCGCCACGAUUGAAGGAUCUGAUCUGCAAUUAGAACACUUUAAGAAUGGGAGCGUCAACGUUGCACCGAGUGGUGGAUGGGCCGGCAUGAAAGCAGAGCUGUUCACUCGCAACAUUCUCACAAACAGCGGUGUUUUACACGAGAUCUCCGACAUUCUCUUGCCACGUUCUGUGGAGUUGACGAUUGGAAAACUUAUCAAAGCGGGCGACGCGACUACCAUGACUACUCUUAUCGCCAAAGCAGGCAUGGACUGGAUAUUAAACGGAACGGCGCCGCCUUCAGGGUCGAUUUGGGCAGAGCAAGGACUAGGAAGUUCGGGUUGGACGUUGUUGUGUCCUACAGACGAAGCUUUCAAGGAAUACAACCUGACCCAGCUGUAUGCUAACAUUGUCGGGGUGCAAGACAUAGUCCGGCAACAUCUUAUCCCGACACCCGAUGCCAGCUCUGAUGCUGUCGUCAACAGUAAUCGACCACUUAUCAUGGACGAUGCUGCCACCUAUACCACACUUCGCUCGCCCAUGUCGUCUUAUGGAGACAUUAUAUUCCGGCGGACUGACCAAAACGAGUACACAGUCGGGAUCAAGGGUGCAAGGGGUAAGAACGCGGAAUCGAGUGGUGCGCGAGUCGUCUCUUGGGGCCGGUCAACGACUGGGGCUGGAACGGGUGGAGUCAUUCUCAUUGACCAGCUAAUUGCCCCAUAUUAUCCACCGUGGUGGAUUGAAUAUGGUGGCCCUGCUUUUGUGGGUGUCGCCGGAAUUGUUCUCAUAUGCGGAUUCUUCUAUGGCGUGCGAGCAUUCUGGAGGAGAGACUUCGAGAAGCCAACAUUUGAGCCCAGAGGAGGGUUCGACAACGAAGACGACUGA